AUGGACUUCACAGCUGUGCUGUCUCGCUUUCUGUCUCUCUACAUCAUGUCCUUCCUCAGUCCUCGAGACAUCUGCUCUGCAGCACAGCACCAGAGGAGCUACAGGAUAGAUGGAGAGAACACAAGACAAACUCGGACAGAAGUAUUUUUGUUAUUAUUAUUGCAUGAGACCCUCCUUCUGAACUAGUGCAGACAGGCUGAAUAAGGCUGUAAGGAUCUGAGGAAACAGCUGGGGCCACAGCUGCACUUCAUGUGUCAAGAGAUCAGAGCAAGUCAGCAAACCCUGGGUCUGUUCCUCUGGGAUCAUAUAAAGAUGCCUGAUGUCAUUUCUCUUAAAACAGAGGUCAUGCAGUGUUUGGUUCAUGACAUUAUCACACUUCAUAAUACUAAAUCUGAUUCACUGUUUUUACGGUCAUGCUGUAGUACGAUCCCUUACACUACUUGGGAAAACUUUCUGCUGAAGUCAUCAGUCAACAGUGGUUUGAAGAACAAUGACCCACUGUUUCCUUCAGAAAGUGCUUCCUUUAACGACCUCAGUCCAGAAUCUCCAAAGGGCUUGUUGAGUGAUGCAGAUAGACACUGUGCUUUGUGCAAAGAGCUUUUAAAUAAUGAGAAAUCAUAUGUGAGACAACAUCAAGCAUGGCCACAGUACACACCUCUUAAUAAAUAAUUUUGAAUAAAGUCAAAGUUGAUAUCAUAAUGAAGAGAGUUUCAUUUGGAAGAAA